AGCCAUUAACACGAGGCCGUCCUCCCCAUUUAAGGUGCCACCAACCUCCUGUGCUAGAAAAGCUUUCCACUUUCACUGACUCACCCAAUGAUGCACAUCUCACUCACUGGUGAUGGCCAAUACUCUCGUGGUGAUGGCCAAUACUCUCGUGGUGAUGGCCAAUACUCUCGUGGUGAUGGCCAAUACUCUCGUGCCCAAAAGCCUAUCUAUUUUGUAUCACAUUGUAAAACAAUGUUUGCUCAACAGGCUUAUUUAGAAGUUUAUACAAUAUUUUGGUAGCCUACAGUCAGAUUAGAGUAUUUUCUUUUAAGCAGGAGCCAUUUGCUUUCCGACCUGUGUUUUCCUGCGAUUGUAGCCUAUUUGAAAUAUUGGGAAAGGCUUGUUCUGGCUGCAUGCUGUUCACUGACGGAUUUCUAGUUCUGAGAUACAGGCGCGCUUCUCUCUCUCACCGCCCGCAGGAACCGUCACGCGUUGGUCUCAAACAUAGUCUAUAAUGUUGCGCAAAACAUAAACCCGGGCCGGCCCAACACGAAUUCUAAGAAUAUCGGGCUGAAAGUCUACGUUUUACAAUUACGGUUUUUUUUAGCAGGAGAAUGAGGUAAUCAGGAGACAACUCGAAUGAACUCUGAUAGCUUUUAUUAUAAUUUGUAUAUUGCAAACAGUGAUUUUCUUUCUCAUGUAGAUGUACGGAUCCGGCUCAAAUUAAGCACUGCACAUGUCUAGAUCAACCAAAUAUACACGAUCAAAGAAUAAUUCGUGUACACAAAACUAGUGAGGCCCAACUGGGGCUCGAAGCCAGAUCCAGCGACAACAUCUAUAGGCUAAUAUCAGGUCACUACAAAUCUCAACAAUGUUGUUAUUGUUGUUGUCUUAAUGUGUAACAGAAUCAGUAAAUCCUGCAUAAAUGAUAUUUAACCAGAAAUGACGUAAUAGUAAAUGCAUAAGAGUGGAAAUCCCCACUACUCCCGGACACAGGGCAGCCAGACUCAUUUUCAAUAAACUAUCAGUGAGUAAUUCAUGCUUCGCUACACUGAACCAAGAAGCCUACAUCGAAUUGCACACGAUUGGCAAACAGUUUCAAUAAAUCACACCAAUGCAGAUGGAGCUGCCGCUACCCAGCAGCCCGGCACUGGAGUUGAUUGGUAAUGACAGUCUGCAGGACUGGGAAGUGAUUGGUGGAGGGGGCUUUGGACAGAUCCACAAGGCCAGGCAUACAAAGUGGAGGUUUGAUGUGGCCAUCAAGUUGCUGCAUUAUGAUGAUGGUUCUAGCACUUCCCUGCUUAAGGAGGUAAAAAAUAUGCAGAAGGGAGGGAGCCCCUAUGUGCUGAGGAUUCUGGGGGUGUACCAGGGGUGCCCUCCAUCUCCAGGUAGAGGCCCCUCCACCCAGCUGGGUAUUGUGAUGGAGUUAAUGAAGAUAGGCUCACUGGCGACCCUCCAGGCAACCCUCUCUGGCCCCCCACCCUGGCCCCUGUCCUUCCGUCUGGCCCACCAGAUCGCUCUGGGAAUCAACUUCCUCCACAACCUCCCUCAGCCACUUCUGCAUCGCGACCUGAAGCCCAAUAACGUUCUGCUGGAUGACAACCUUAAUGCAAAGCUUACAGAUUUUGGCCUUGCCGAAGUCUCCCAUAGUGUUUUGAAGACAUCCAGAGAGGAGCCUGGGGAGGAAGGAGGCACUCUUAGCUACAUGCCCCCUGAGGCUUUUGGAUCAUCAUAUGAACCAACUCGAGCCACUGAUAUCUACAGCUAUGGCAUACUGCUGUGGUCCAUCUUCACUGGAAAGGAGCCCUAUUAUGCAGAUAACCCUUAUCUCCAGUCCAGUAUGGUGAGGUUACGGGUCCCCAUGGGCGACAGGCCUCCUCUGGAGGCAGUGGACAGGGACCAGGCUGGUGGGCUGGGGGAGAUGGUUGACCUCAUGGUAAAGUGCUGGGACCAACAGCCCUCUAAGAGACCCCAUUUCCUGGAUUGCCUCACUGUGACAGAGAGAACAUAUGAGAGGCACAAGCAAUCAAUAAACGAAGUUGUCCAUCAAGUGCUCCAUAAACUGGAGGAGGAGAGAGAGAGACAGGAGGAGGAGAGAGAGAGACAGGAGGAGAGAGAGAGACAGGAGGAGGAGAGAGAGAGACAGAAAACUGGUCUAGCUGAUCUGAGAAUAGUUCUGGUGGGGAAGACUGGAGCAGGGAAGAGCGCAACAGGAAACACCAUCCUGGGCAGGGAGGGGUUUAAAGAAGACUCCUCCCCCGUGUCUGUGACUGCUCAGUGUGAGAAACAGAGUGGAGAGGUGGAUGGAAGGAAGAUUGAUGUGAUUGACACGCCAGGACUCUUUGACACAACAGUCACUAUAGAGAAAAUGAAAUGUGAACUAGAAAGAUGCUUCUAUAUGUCAGUCCCAGGACCUCACGCCUUCCUGCUGGUGAUCAGACUAGGGGUAAGGUUCACAGAGGAGGAGAGGAACACUGUGAAGUGGAUCCAGGAGAACUUUGGAGAAGAGGCGUCAAAGUACACCAUGGUGCUGUUCACCGGAGGAGACCAGCUGAGAAAAAAAUCUGUUGAGCAGUUUGUAGGAGAAAGUGUUAACCUCCAGGAUCUCAUCAGCAAAUGUGGAGGUGGAUAUCACUCUGUCAUCAAUGACAGUGACAGUAACACCAACCCUGACCAAGUACCAGAGCUGCUGAAGAAGAUAGAGGAGAUGGUGAAGAGGAAUGGAGGACAACACUACACCAACGAGAUGUACCAGGAGGUCCAGAGAAAGAUCGAAGAGGAGGAGGAGAGGAAGAGAGAGGAGGAAAGGAAGAAACAAGAGGAGGCAAUCAGGAAACAAGAGGAGGCAAUCAGGAAACGGGAAGAGGAGGUGAGGAGAGAGGAGGAAAUUAAGAGAGAGGAGGAGUUGAGGAAGAUAGAAGAGGAGAGACAGGAGGAGAGGAGGAAGACGGAAGAGGAGAGACAGGAGGAGAGGAAGAAGACAGAAGAGGAGAGGAGGAAGAUGGAAGAGGAGAGGAGGAAGAUGGAAGAGGAGAGGAUGAAGAUGGAAGAGGAGAGGAGGAAGCGUAACAGGAGAAAUUGGUUCCAGCGGGUUUUAAACCUUUAACCUUGUUGUGGCCAGCACCAUGUUCUAACCCACCGAGCCGAACUGUGUGUAGUUUAAUCUUUAUAUACAAAUUAACAAUACUUUUAACGUCAUAACAUGUCAUAAUCAAACCAAUCUUCAACUUUCCUUUCAUAUUAAAUCCCUAUUUUUCAAUAAAUAUAAAAACAUGCUGAUUAUUACUUUACUGGGUCAUUGAUUGUAGACUUUACUAUCUGUAGGUAGGUAAUUCACUCUGGAU